CUCUCCUCCCCCCCUGCCCCUCCAUUUCGCCCGAUGAGCACGAGCACCAUGGAGCAGAAGCCGGCCGCCGCGGCUGCCACCCUUCCCGAUGAGGCGUCAGCCGCCCUGCAGCGCCAAAAGGAGCAGGCCCAGCGCUCGCGGCUGUUUGUCAUGCGCCUGGUUAUCCUGGGUCUCAUCUGGCUGGUGGCCUUCGGGUCACGGCUCUUCUCGGUCGUGCGCUUCGAGUCCAUCAUCCACGAGUUUGACCCGUGGUUCAACUACCGCGCCACGCGCAUGCUGGUCAACAGUUCGCUCGAUGACUUCCUCAACUGGUUCGACCACCUCGCCUGGUAUCCCCUGGGUCGAGCGGUCGGCGGCACGGUCUACCCCGGGCUGAUGCUGGUUUCGGCGUCCAUCUACCGCGUGCUCCAGGCUGUCAACAUCCCGAUGGACAUCCGCCACAUUUGCGUCUUCCUGGCGCCGGUCUUCUCCGGCGCCACGGCCGUGUCCACCUACCUCUUCACUCGCGAGCUGAAGGACGAGCGCGCCGGCCUCUUCGCGGCGGCCUUCAUCGCCCUUGCCCCGGGGUACUCCUCGCGCUCGGUGGCCGGGUCCUAUGACAACGAGGCGGUGGCCAUCUUCGCCCUGCAGUUGACCUUCUUCCUGUGGCUGCGGGCCCAGCGCACCGGGUCCACCCUGUGGAGCCUGGCCUGCGUGGCCUCCUAUUGGUUCAUGGUGGCCAGCUGGGGCGGCUACGUGUUCAUCACCAACCUCAUCCCGCUGCAUGUCCUGGCCAUGGUCCUGCUGGGGCGCUUCAACAGCCGCCUGCACACGGCCUACUCCAUCUUCUAUGUGUUUGGCACGCUGGCCUCCAUGACCGUGCCCUUCGUCAACUUCCAGCCGGUCAAGACCAGCGAGCACAUGGCUGCCCUCGGCAUGUUUGUUCUCCUGCAGGGGGUCGCCGGACUGUACACCCUGCGCCGACUCAUGUCCCCGGCGGCCUUCCGCCGGCUGCUGGUGGCCGGCGGCCUGGCGGCCCUGGUGGCCGGUGCCUCGGCCCUGUAUGUCCUCCGCGAUACGGAUCUCAUCCGUCCCUGGGCCGGGCGCUUCUACUCGCUCUGGGACACGAACUACGCCCGCGUGCACCUGCCCAUCGUGGCCUCGGUCAGCGAGCAUCAGCCCACCACCUGGACGUCCUUCUUCUUUGACCUCAACCUCAUGACCGUCUUCUUCCCGGUCGGCCUGUUCCUCUGCUUCCGGCGCUUCGGCGAUGCCCAUGUCUUUGCCAUCCUCAAUGGCCUGACGGCGGUCUACUUCAGCGCGGUCAUGGUUCGCCUGGUCUUGACCCUGGCCCCGAUUGCGUGUGUCCUGUCCGGCUAUGCCGUGUCCCACCUGCUGGACUACUACCUGGGGGGGGUUUUCGGCCCGGCCGACUCCCCGGCCGGGACCGGUCAUCCCCCGGCCGUCGGCACGCCGGUCCCGGCCGCGGCCGCGGCUGCCGAGGCGUCGGCCACACCGACGACCGAGCCCACCCCGACCAAGGCAGCCACCAUCCCGGCCGCUGCCCCGGCCGCCGGCUCGCCCCCCGGCACUCUGGGCCUGAUUGACCGCGUGUCAGUGCUUUUGCCCCUGGUCCUGGUGCUGGUGGUCCUGCACUUGCAUUGCAUUUUCGUCACCUCCACCUCGUACUCCAACCCGUCGGUCGUCCUGUCGGCCAGUCUCGGCGACAGUCGCAUGAUCAUCGACGACUUCCGCGAGUCCUACUCCUGGCUGCGUCACAACACCCCCCAGGAUGCCCGCAUCAUGAGCUGGUGGGACUACGGGUAUCAGAUCAGUGGCUUCUCCAAUCGCACCGUGCUCGUGGACAACAACACCUGGAACAAUACGCACAUCGCCACGGUCGGCAAGGCCUUCGCCAUGGACGAGGCGAACGCCUUCGAUGUCAUGGUGCAGAACGACGUGGAUUAUGUGCUGGUUGUUUUCGGCGGCCUGCUCGGGUACUCCGGCGAUGACAUCAACAAGUUCCUUUGGAUGGUCCGCAUCGCGCAGGGCGUCUACCCGGGCGAUGUCACCGAGCGGGCCUUCUUCAACUCGCGCGGCCAGUUCAAGGUUGAUGAGACCGCCUCGCCCACCAUGUACAAUUCCCUCAUGUUCAAGCUGUCCUACCAUCGCUUCUACAGCACCUCUGUGGGGAAGGAUCGCGUGCGCAUGGUGGCGCCGCAUUCCUCCAUCUCCCGCGAUACGCCCCUCGCCUCGGUGGAGGAGGUGUACACCUCAUCCAGCUGGCUGGUGCGCAUCUACCGUGUCCGCGAGCCGGAUAUCUUCGGCCGCACGGUGGAUGAGCGUUUCUCAGACUUCCUUCCCGCGCUGAAGCCUCCCCUGGCCCCGGUUGAGUCGGUUCUCCCGCGCUUGGCCCUUUCCGGCGCCGGGGAACGCUGAGCGCCCUUGCCUCGGCGCUUGCCUCGCCGCCUACAUGGCCGCGAAGCUCCCGCGCGCCUCUCCACCUCAAUUCACAGGCCAGCAGGGGGGGGGAACACUCCUCUCUUUUCCUUUCCCUCGCCCCCUCCCCCUGCCCGCACGGGCAAUUGUGCGCGCUCGCGCACGUCCGCAAUGAGCCCCCCGGGCCCGCCCUCAAUAAGACAAAUCCCCAACAGUGUUGA